AUGCAUGCUCACUGGGUACGCGAUAGCUUACUCGGACACACUGUUCGUUUAUUCGAUAAACCAUCUUGGUUGACAUACCCGGAAGAGAAUUCGUAUGGCGGAGAGGCAAUUGACGAGAACCCCGUACCAUUCCACGAUGAUACCGGUAUUCGCGUGGACUGGUAUUCCGCGGAUGACAAGGAGAACCCUCAUAACUGGCCUCAAGGGAGGAAAGCAUUUGUGCUUGGGGUCAUCGGAGCCUACAGCUUUGUGGUAUACAUGGCCGCCGCGAUUUACACUCCUAGCGAAGGUGAUUUUGCUGAAGAAUUCGAGGUUGGCGAGGCUGAGGCUUCUCUGGGACUAUCUCUUUACGUCCUAGGCUAUGGUGCCGGGCCCAUGUUCUUCAGUCCCCUCAGUGAGAUUCCUCGCAUCGGCCGCAAUCUUCCAUACGUCAUGUCCUUCGUCCUCUACUGCGCUGUGAGCAUACCCACUGCUUUGGCCCCCUCGGCCAUUAGCUUCCACUUCCUUCGCUUCCUCCAAGGAUUCUUCGGCAGCCCUUGCCUGGCUACCGGUGGCGCCUCGAUUGCGGACAUGUACUCGUCGAGAUGUUACCUCACGCAAUGGCAACCUGGGUGUUUUCUUGGCUGGCGGUUCUCCAUGUGGGAAAUUCUGAUCGCCUCCGCCCCAGUCCUCAUUCUUCUCCUACUGCUCCCUGAGACGAGCUCUGCUACCAUCCUACACCGGCGCGCCCGACGCCUUGCGAGGAGGGACAAAGCUGGAACACGCAAGUACUGGACGAAGGCUGAUGUUCUACAAGGGGAUACUUCUUUCUCUGUUGUUGUCCGUGAAUCCCUGCUCAUCCCCUCGAGAAUAACACUCCUGGACCCGGCGAUCUUGUUCUUGAACUGCUACACCUCCCUCACCUACGGCAUCUUCUACUCCUUCUUCGAAGCGUUCCCAAUCGUCUAUCAAGACAUAUACGGGUUCAACUUGGGCGAAAUGGGACUGGCGUUCCUGGCAAUCGUGGUCGGAUCAAUCAUCUCCUUCGCAAUUUACAAUCUAUACUAUAUCCACCAUCGCAGAAACGCACCGUCAACAGCCCAAAACCAAGACCAAGAAAACAGCACUCCCGCCUCAGACCACGAGAAAGUGCUAGUCCCAGCCCUAUACGCUUGCAUCGGCCCCCCGCUCGCCCUGCUCCUCUUCGGCUGGGCUUCGCGCCCCACCAUCCACUGGAUCGUGCCUACAAUCGGAAUCGCCAUCUACCCGGCGUGCGUCUUCAUCCUAAUGCAGUGUGUGUUCCUCUACGUGCCCGCGUGCUAUCCGCACUAUGCGGCAAGCGUCUUUGCGGCUACGGACUUUACGCGCAGUGCGUUUGCCUGCGGCGCUGUUAUGUUUUCGAGGCCGCUUUAUGUGCAUCUGGGGGUUGGGGUGGGUUGUAGUAUUUUGGCGGGGUUGACAGUUGUUUGUGCGGUGGGGGUUCAUUGGCUUUAUCGGUUUGGGGAGGCGUUGAGGCGGAGGUCGAGGUUUGAGGAAAAAGUUUGA